CUGUCUAUUUCGCAGUCAGCUGUUUGCAGUUGUCUACUAUUUUUAGUAACCAUAACGAAAAUAAUUACAAUUUUUUUCCAUAAGCAAUUAAAAAUAUAUUUGCACUUUUCUAAAGCAAGAAAAAACGUAUAUAAGUUGUUUCGCUUCUAAUAAAAUAAUAAAGUAACGAAAGUUUUACGUAAAAUAAAUAUUUGCUAGCUUGCUGUUUAUAAGCUACAAAUGUACGCUGUUUAUUUGCGUCGUGUCAAUUAAGUGGAAAACCAAGAAAAUCAGCACACAGCAUGCUACAUAUACAAGCUGGCCGCAGCUUAGCCGCCAAAAUAUCCGUAUCCUGGCGUUAUCAACAGCUACUCGCUGCACGCACACCACGCUCCACCACAGUAUGCGCGCUCCAACAGCAAGCCGACUCCGGUGAUCCCACGCAAGCAAAUGUGCUGCGAAAGCGUAAAUUCAAGCCACACGAGCCGGAUAGUGUUGCAACCAUGAUCAAGCUGCCGGAACAGGCGCGUGUCGUUAUAUGUGGCGGUGGCACUGUGGGUGCAUCGCUAGCCUACCACCUGGCGCUGCUGGGCUGGGGCAAAGACACCAUACUCAUUGAACAGGAUAAAGUGGGUGGUGGCAAUCCAUGGGCCGCUAGCGGUUUGGCUGGUCGCUUCGAGCCCAGCUACACGGAAUUAAAGUUGGCCGAAUACUCAAUUGACUUGAUUAAAUCGCUAACGGAACAGGGACUGCAAACAGGUUGGCAGCCAGUCGGUAGCUUGAAUUUGGCACGCACUUUCGAUCGUAUGACCGCUUUCCAUCGCAUGCGCUCGCAGGGACGUGCUUGGGGUAUCAAUUGUGAGAUAUUAACACCCGAGCAAUGUAAGGAACGUUGUCCGCUCAUUGAGACAAGCGAUCUGGCUGGUGGUUUGUGGAUACCCGAAGAUGGUGUGUGUGAUCCACAUCAAGUUUGUCUCUCAUUCGCUGAGGAGGCGCGUCGUUUGGGUGUGCAGGUGGUGGAGCAAUGUGCAGUGCAGAAGAUCAACAGUGCGCACGGUAAAGUGAGUCGUAUCGAAACGUCGGCCGGUGAUGUGCUGUGUGACUUCUUUGUCAAUUGUACUGGGUUCUGGGCGCGCGGUGUGGGUACGCUAUCAACGCCACAGGUGAAAGUGCCGCUGAAAGCAGUGGAACAUCACUACUUGCAUACGAAACCGAUUGAGGGACUCGAUCCAACGACGCCGUUCGUGCGCGAUUACGAUGGUGGUGUGUACUUCCGCGAGCGCAAUGGACGCAUACUAGCAGGCGGUUUUGAGCGCGAAGCAAAAAUGCUGUACGAAGACGGCAUCAUACCGCUAUCGCAGAAGGAACGCGAGCUACCGCCCGAUUGGGAUCACUUUCACAGCAUGCUCGACGAGUUGCUGCAUCGCGUGCCAAUGCUAAAGUCAUCGCUACUCGAUCGCCUCACCAACUCGCUGGAAGCGUUUUCGCCCGAUUGCAAAUGGAUUUUGGGUGAAGCGCCUGAAAUACAAAAUUACUAUGUGUCGGCGGGCAUGAAAACGAUUGGCGUUUCAGCAGCUGGUGGCGUUGGACGUGCGCUCGCCGAUUUAAUAGUGACCGGCACGACAUACUUGGAUCUACAUAUAUUGGAUAUCAGUCGCUUUUUGGGCCUACAUAAUAAUCGUAAAUUCCUACGUGAUCGCUGCAAAGAGGUGCCGGGCAAACACUUUGAAAUCAAUUAUCCAUUUCAUGAAUUCAAGACGGGACGCAAUCUACGCAUGUCGCCCAUUUACCCGGCGCUCAAAGAAGCAGGCGCUGUUUUUGGCCAAACCAUGGGUUAUGAGCGUCCAAACUUUUUCGAUCCGAACGAUAAGAAGGACGAGUUUGGCAUAACACGCUUCCGCACCGCCGAAACGAAAACUUUCGGCAAACCGCCAUGGUUCGAUCAUGUCGCCAACGAGUACAAUGCCUGUCGCGAGCGUAUCGGCAUCGCCGACUAUAGUUCGUUCACCAAAUAUGAUCUAUGGUCGAAGGGACACGAAGUUGUCGACUUGCUGCAAUAUCUCUGUUCCAAUGAUGUCGAUGUGCCGGUGGGUGCAAUUAUACACACAGGCAUGCAGAACCAUUUGGGUGGCUAUGAGAAUGACUGUUCAAUUGCGCGACUCUCAGAGCGACACUACAUGAUGAUUGCGCCAACAGUGCAGCAAACGCGCUCCAUCACCUGGAUACGCAAACACAUGCCAAAUCAUUUGCGAUCCGGCGUCAAUGUGGCCGAUGUGACCUCGAUGUACACGGCAAUUUGCAUACUGGGACCAUAUACACGCAUUCUGCUCUCCGAAUUGACCGAUACAGACUUGACACCAAAGAACUUUCCAUUUUUCACCUAUAAAGAACUCGAUGUUGGCUUAGCUAACGGUAUACGCGUGCUAAAUAUAACACAUACCGGCGAAUUAGGUUAUGUUUUGUAUAUACCAAAUGAAUUUGCGCUGCAUGUGUACACGCGGCUGUAUCAGGCGGGACAGAAAUUCGGCAUUCACCAUGCAGGCUACUAUGCCACACGCACAUUGCGCAUUGAGAAAUUCUAUGCGUUCUGGGGACAGGAUUUGGACACAUUCACCACACCGUUGGAGUGCGGACGCAGCUGGCGCGUCAAAUUAAAUAAACCCAUAAAUUUCAUUGGACGCGAUGCGCUGCUCAAGCAACGCGAAGAAGGCGUUAAACGCAUGUAUGUGCAGCUGCUACUGAACGAUCACGAUCAUGAGGUCGAUUUAUGGUGCUGGGGUGGCGAACCGAUUUAUCGUGAUGGCAAAUAUGUGGGCAUGACCACUACCACAGGUUAUGGCUUCACGUUCAAGAAACAAGUUUGUCUCGGUUUUGUGCGUAAUUUCGCCGAAGAUGGCACGGAGUUGCCAGUUACUAAUGAUUAUAUACUUUCUGGCCAUUAUGAAGUGGAAGUGGCGGGCAUGCGUUUCGAGGCGAAGGUCAAUUUGCAUUCACCCAAUUUGCCAACGAAAUUCCCCGACAAGGAGCGUGAGGCAUAUCAUGCGACACGCGACAAGCAAGGGCAGGCCGAUUUGCUAUCCUAUGAGACGAAAUACUGAGUAACCGUUACAACAACAAAAACGAAGUACUGAGCGUCGCGGUUUGCGCGUAGUUGCACUGUGUCUUUAGGUUUGACGUUUGUUUAUUAAUUUAUUGCACUCAUUAUUUCACUAAUUUCGUUGUUUUUUUUUGUUGCACAUUUAUUAAAUAUUGAUUUUUUUGUUGCACUCUUAUUAAUUUUCGAGUUAACUGUAAAUGUUACACUUUUAUUGUUAUUAGCUGACUUAGGCGCGUUUAAUGAUAUUAUGCGCUCCAUUUAGUUUGUUAUAAUUAUUAUUUUAUUAAUGUGCUUAGUAUGACAUUCAUCACAAAUAUAUAUUUAUGUGUUGUAAAAAUA